GAAGCGGAAGAGGCGCAGCGAGGCGGUCAUAAGUGAUCUUCGUAAUGGCGGCUCUUAGGUUUCUAGUGUCUGGAUGUGAGCGGCUCCUCCGAGGUUUCUUAGAGCGACCAGCUCAAGUCAUUUGGGCUCGGCCUCCGGCCCGAGGUCUCCGAGAAGUGGUGGAGAUCCAAGAAGGAAAGACAACUAUUAUUGAAGGCCGAAUCAUAGAAACUUCCAGGGUAACACCAGAUCCUCCUAACCCCUCUGGCCAGUGCCCAAUUUGUCGUUGGAAUCUGAAACACAAGUAUAACUAUGAGGAUGUCCUUUUGCUGAGUCAGUUUAUCCGGCCCCAUGGGGGAAUGCUGCCCCGGAGAAUCACAGGUCUCUGCUUAGAAGAGCAUCGGAAGGUGGCAGAGUGUGUGAAGAUGGCUCACCGAGCAGGUCUACUGCCGAAUCAUAGGCCUAAGCUUCCUGAAGGAUUUGUUCCCAAGAAAAAACCCCAACUCAAUCGUGGCACUUUACAUUAUUCACACUCCAUUUGGCCUGGAAUACGGGUAGGAGGAAGACUUUGAGGAUUCUUCCUCUGUCUUUCCAUAAGGACUCUUAGGAAGAGUAAGAGUCGAAGCUGAAAAGUACAUCCUGUCAUCUAUCCUUACUUGUUGGGCAUUGAGGUACUAAUCCUGGUUAUGACAUCACAUUGUUGCCAUGGGGAUGCCAGAGGACUUUUCUGAACUUUUAAUAUCUUUGCUCUCUUGCAGCUUUGGGGUUACCAGAGGGCAGAAACAGACAUAGGAUAUGGUAGACAGGCCUUGACAAUUUUUUUUUUGUGGGCCUGGCAUGACAAUAGAUGUGAGGAGGAUAGGGCUUCUUGAGCAGGAGGAUGAAUUCUGGAACAUGACCCACUCCUUCCCCUUAUACCAGCUCUCCCAAAAUGGAGCUAGUUUCCAAAAUGAUCAGUAACUCCCUUCUGAUAUCUACAGAACUAGAUUUCAAGUUCUCUCUUCACUUCACAACCUUGCCCCCUGCCCUGAGACGUUUAUUAUAUGUUAGGGUUUUCUCCAAUUACCUCCAACCCAACUGUGUCUUCUCUUCAUUUCCACCCUCAUGCUGUUGCUGGCAGGUCACCCAGUGAAGGAGCACAUGUGGCUCAGCUAAAAGUUUUCACAAAGCAAGACUCUUGCCUUCUUAAACUCUUCCUCACCUUCCUCACUCCUUGGGAGUGUCUAAGGAGGCAGGCUCUGGUAACUAAGGAGAAGCUAGUACAUUUCUGUUGUGACAGAGGGAAAGGGAGGGGAAUCAGUGGAAUGUGAAGCUUGUUUGGGAUGCAUGUGUUGCUUCUAGAAGUAAAGCUGCCUUAUUUUGUUUAGCAUUAAACUGCUUUGCCAUAGCUUUGGCAUUGGGCCCACUACCACCUGUGCUUUCCACAGUGGUAACUUAAGUUGUCCACCAGCAGCUGGGGGAGGCAUAUGGGCACAUAUCAACCUCUUUCCUGCCUUCUGCCCUACCCAGAUCUGCCAUGUGUAGCAGUUGGGGAUGGACCUCAUCUCGCCCAUCUAGGACAAGGACACAAUUCAUCUUGCUCUCAGGCCUUUGAAGAGAGGCAACAAUCCCUCCCACUAAAUCCGGUGUCCUUUUAAUAUGACACAAUAUUAAUGAUGUAGGAACUCUAGGGUUGCUGAAGAGGGCACAGAAGAAAUUGAAACUUAACUUCUAUUACAAAGGAAGAGUGCUGAAGGGAUUGACCAGAAGGCCUUGGAUUUAGCCUUAGGCCCAGUUGGGUUUGGGGACCAAGGGAGGUCCCAUAAUUGUGUCUGAGCUUUACCAUUUCCUAACCCCCCCUAAGUACUUUAUUGCAAGAGAGUUGGGAAGGUACUGAUCUGUUCCUGGAGUUUGGCUGUUCCCAGAGAGUUCAUUGGAGUCUACCCAAUCAUUCUCCUUGCCAGCUGGCUACUGUCUGUGGCACUGAUACUAGGCCUAAGGCUAGCUGGAACUUCACUCUCAGGUCAGAUCCUGCCAGGGCAAAGGGAGAAAGAAGAAAAUAGUUUUGGGCCAGAAACACUGGAGAAGCUGCUUUGUGAUUGCUAUCAGUUCCUCAAUCCAUUUUUCCCAGUGAGCAAUGAUUUCCUGUAGUGGACAGCAGUCUACAUUCCAAUUUCUCCUCAAUCUUAUCUCUCAGUUUUUUCUAUGUGUACAGUCUAAUCAGGAAUAUAACCAAGGGAGUUGUUAAUGUUUGGGAUAGCCAAGAUGAAGUAUUCUUCAUCCCCAGUGGCCUACUUUCAUGUCCAAAUCUUCUCUUUGGUGUACAGGCAAGUACCUCCAUUGGCUUCAUGGUUCCCCCUUGAUUUCAAUCCUUAGGGGUGUCUCAGUGCCUACAUCCUAUUAUUCCAUUUUGGAAGAUGGCUCCCCUUUUCCUCUCUUUGUAGGGCACAAAGAAGGGAAAUGUUUUUAUCUUCAAGAAGCCAGAGGUCAGUGGAACACAGUUGAAAUAUAUCAGUUAAGGGGUGUUAGAGCAGAGCUGAAUGAGGCAAGCAUGUUGAGUGGGGGCCAGGACUUUCCAGGCAUGGUUGGGGCCCUUUCUGGGAGGUUAGCCUUUGCCAUUGCUGAACCUCCAGAGCGGGCUGUGGCCCAAAUUUCAUUCUGGACAAAGCAAGUCCCACAAUCAUGAGCCACUUUUCCCGGAACCAACACUAACAGCCCGAUCCUCCUCCUCCACAAAAGAGGGCAAUGGACCAAAUCUAGAGCCACUUUCUUCCCUAAGAGUUGUAGGAACUUCCCCAGCCAAUCUGCACCCACAGCUUUCACUCUUUGGCCCUCAUUCCUCAAGGAGCAAGCCUGGAGGUUAUGCACAGGCUGUGACUACCCAAGGGAGCUGCCCCUGGAACUGGAGCAGCUGUCUGAGCCAAAUGAGAAAGAGUGAAAGGCCUUUUUGCCCAAGUACUUACUUGUAUCAGCCUCUCAUUUCUCUAUGGCUGAGGUCCAGAAGGAAGACUUAGGAUCUGAACAGCCACCUCCUUCCUCCCCCUCUACAUACACACAAACACUGACAACUCAUGAAGAUCAAGGAAGUGUGUGGCCCUGUGCUGCCUGCCGACCAUGACCCCAG